CGACGUCACUACAUAAAAAAAUCCACUUCUCAGCUUGUCUUUGCUUAAUGAGCAAGACUUGCGCGCCUGUGACAUCAUCGCUUUAAGUUACGGCGACGUUGGGACUAUCUCCUUGUUGGCAUUGUACCUCCAGCGGCCAGUCCGGACUCUUUCAGGGCAGACAAAGCGUAACGUGGACCUCAGUGCGGGGGGAAAAAAGAGGGGUGUUGGUGGAGAAGAGGACCGAGCUGAGUCGGGUGUGGUAGUCCAAGACGAAAAGUAGUAUUUGCUAGCUAAAGUUACAAGAAAGUAGCGGUCGCCAUGUCACUGUCGGUACCGCAGAACGGCGUAAAGGCGGAUAAGGAGCCUGUUAUUGAGCUGUUUGUGAAGGCAGGAAGCGAUGGCGAGAGCAUCGGGAACUGUCCUUUCUCCCAGAGGCUCUUCAUGAUCCUGUGGCUUAAAGGCGUCGUUUUCAACGUUACCACAGUAGACCUCAAGAGGAAGCCCGCGGAUCUGCAGGACCUCGCCCCAGGCACACACCCUCCCUUCGUCACCUUCAAUGGCGAGGUGAAAACAGAUGUCAACAAGAUUGAGGAGUUUCUUGAGGAUGUCCUCUGCCCGCCCAAGUACAUUAAACUUGGUGCGAGACACCCUGAGUCAAACACAGCUGGUAUGGACAUCUUUGCUAAGUUUUCAGCCUUCAUUAAGAACUCAAAACCAGAUGCAAAUGAAGCUCUGGAGAGAGGUUUGCUGAAGACUCUGCAGAAACUGGAUGAGUAUCUCCGCUCACCUUUGCCAGACGAGAUCGAUCAUAACAGCAUUGAGGAUGUCAAGGUUUCCACUCGCAAGUUCUUGGAUGGGGAGGAAAUGACCCUGGCCGACUGCAAUUUGCUUCCCAAGCUGCAUAUCGUCAAAGUGGUGGCAAAGAAGUACAGAGGCUUUGACAUCCCCAAGGAGAUGACCGCUAUCUGGAAGUACCUGAACAAUGCCUACACACGGGAAGAGUUCACCAACACCUGUCCCGGCGACAGGGAGAUCGAGAUCGCAUACGCGGAUGUAGCUAAGAGGCUCGUCAAAUAAGAUAACCUGUCCUGAACUCCCUGACCACUGGUACCGCUACACACCUACUCUGCAGCACAUGGACUUGAAGUGCUUACACAUGAGAAAGACAAAGUGCAUAUUUUUCUUACUUUCCUAACUCAUAUUUGAUUACAUAAACAUGUCCAGUGCAUUCAGCAACAUUUUAUUCAACAUUAAUAGCUUUCAUUUUGGAUUGCUGAUGAAUUGCGAGGCACAGUGAAAGCAGCCAGACCCUUUGUAUCCAAAUCGGUAUUUCUUUCUUUCCCUGAUACGUGUCCUUUCCUGUGUCAGGAGGGACAAGGCCAUGAACUGCUCUUUGAUUGUAAAAUGGUUAUAAAAAUGAAUGCUGAGAAGCAGUUUCUGCUCUUUUGGCUUGUGAAGUGUCUUUUUUUUUUUUUUUAACAAAAACUCAUCCAAAUCUGUGAUCUAACUGAUCUAAAUCUGUAAUUCCAGGUAAAGCUACCUGGUAUUCGAAAAGGGGAAAAGUUAUUGUAGCUCAGAUGUGUAGGUACUGCAGAACCUGAGUUCCCUCACAUGUUCAUCAAAUGUAGCUUACAAAUGGUUGUCCACUGUUGCCUUGUAUGAUUUCACCAUAUUGCCAUAGAAAGAAUAUGUCCACCAAACAGAACACUUUUUAGCUUCUUGAAGCUAAAGUGUCCAGCUGGAGUAGCAAAGAGGCACAUUUAUUCUGGUCUCACUGUGGAAACAUGACUCCUGAUGUAAAAAUAAAAAAUAAAAAAAUGAAUGGAAAGACAAGCUGCAAUUAUGUGCUAAUACAGGUGACACUGAAAAUAUUUAAGACGCAAAUGGGAUCAAGCAGAAUAGUAUGAAAACAAAUCACCAGUUGACUGAUUAUUCUUAGAGUAGUUAAUGUAUGUUCUUGAUUACAGUAGCUCAAAAAGUGCUUUAGCAUUCACAGUUUUUGUUAUCAGACACAAUUGAUAAAAGGAAUUGUAAAUAUGUGUUGAUUGCUCUGAUUUGAUUGUGCAAAUUUUAUACAUUUCAUGGUCACGGUUUGAGGACAUGGGGUCAUUUCUUGGCCGCUCAGUUGAAAAUUUUCCAUGAGCUUUUCUCCUCUUUGCCUUACUUGUCUUUACAGGAUUGUUUCAAUGCAUCCGUUUGCCAUUGUUACCUAAGAUAAUAUUCAAGGUCUGCUGUUAUUUUUAUUGUUUUCAAAAACCAAAUUGAAAUAAACUUCUUACUGGAA